AUGUACACAUCAAGGAAGAAUGUAUGGAGGUAUUAUAACUCACUGCGCCCAAGAGAAGGCAUACAUGACCCACAUAUUGACAAAGCACAAAUACUGAGGGACUACAUCACAGCUUUGGUGCACAACAUUGGACCGUCAUCACCAUUAUGGACCAAUUUAUCAAGCCAAAAUACUUCGAAAACAAUCAUAUCAGUGGACAUCUGUCCUCAGCAAGCAUCAAAUUCGGUGGAUUGUGGGCCUGCAGUUUGUUACAUCAUGAGGGCGCAUGUAUAUCGUGAAGACAUUAUUGCCAGCCUAGAUCGCUUUGAAUGGUGUCAAAUAAGAGACUCAUUAGUACACCUUUUUCUGAACCACAGAAAGACAGUGCAAUGUGAAAACCUAUAGGUGGGGGGUGUCCACCUAUCACUGUUACCCAAACCUGUUAUCCACAUUUAAGACAAUUUAGUUUCACUAGCUUAA